UCUGAUUCCACUCUUAGAAAAAAACCUCUGUAAGUGGAAAUAGUGACUAAGUUGGUGAUAUUUUGUGGAAAUUCUACUAGAUUUUCAACGCAUUGCUUGCCUACGUGACCAUUACGAUCUAUUUUCGAAAAUUUACCUGGGUUGUUCUCCAAACCUGAACCACAAUGGAAAACGGUGCAUUGUCGUCACUUGAUCCGGACUCCUACGAGCGUAUUUAUGUAUGUCAUAUUUGUAACGGUAUAUCAUUGGAGCCCGUGUGUGACAAUGAUCAUAUCACCGACGUUUUAGGUGUUGAUUUCGAAAAUUUCAUCAAACCAACAACGCUGAGUACCAAUAAUGAACUUGUCUCUGAGGGGAAAACUCAUCGGAAGGUCAAAAUUUGCGCUGUUAUUCCUCGUUUCGUCAACACUGAUUGGCAACCACAGAACCAACUUGGUUACCUAUGCCCAGCGUGUGGAGAUUUUUCUCCUGAUGCCGAAUGCAAAAAGAGCCAUGACAUCCAAGCAUUGAAAGACGUUUGCAAUAUGUGUGGAACUGAGUUUAAAUCGAUAGAAGAAAUGUUGCAACAUCGUACAUGCUGUAGUUCUGUCGAUAAAUAUUUCGUAGACAGUAGCAUCAUGACCAUUGUUCCAUCAUGUAGCACUGGUCAAAUGUUGUACAACGUCGUCCAACCAGUUGCUUUAUACCUACCGGAAAACUUUGCAAGUAUGGUACAGAAGGGCAGCCUAGGAACUGGUCAUUACCAAGUUGUGGCUGCAUUAUUUGAUACUGACAGUUCAAAGAAGGAAAACAUGGAUACCCUAUCGGGUAGCGACUUCGAUUUAGAACAAAACAUUUUAGAAUGGGACGAAUCGAUAGAUUUAGCGGUUUUGGAAAUGAAUGAUCCGUCUUACGAAAUAUUGGAAAAUGAUAAGAGUUUGAAUGAACCAAAAAUAGGCGAGGUGACUUCUGAUCCAGCACUGAUUAAACCAUCCAAAUGCGACCAAAUGAGUUCUACCACUGUUAUCAACAGGAAAGCUAUGGGACACAAACUGGUCGAAAACAGAAGACUUCUUUGCUGUGUCAGAUGUAAAAUGGAGUUAUUGAACGUGGAUACACUGGUCGCCCACUAUUUGUCCCACGGAAGCUCAACAUUCAUCUGUCAAUUUUGCUUGCGUCACUAUACCCGAUCACACUGGUUUAAAGCUCAUAUGAAGAACCAUGCCCAUCAGUUGCCAAUUGUGUGUUCGCUUUGUGAUGAUUCGUUUCUUUCCACAAAACUACACGAAGAGCAUCUGAAAACGGUUCAUCAUUUGAGCGUACCCGACAUUGGAAAUACUUUGCUAGACAAUCAGAAGAAUGCUUUUAUGUGCAUGGAAUGCGGGCGAUGGCUUAAGUCGGAGAAGCACCUGAAGUCGCACAGACAAAUGCAUGACAUGGUGAAAGGAAGGACUGUUCAAUUGAAGAAUCAGAUAACGACAGUUGAUCAACCGAUUCUUGCAGAUGGUAGAAACAAUGGGCGAGCAUCGGCGAGCGCGGUUUCAACUAAUACAAAUUCACCCAAACAAGGGAAGAGGAAGCCUAUUCAUAUUUUUGAAUGCAACAUUUGUUUGGCGACUAUUAAGUCAAUCGAAGAGGUACGCCAACACAUGAUGUCUCAUGAUGCUCAUCGACUUAAUAACUGUGAAACUUGCAGUGAGCGAUUUCCAACGACGGCACAAUUGCAGCAGCAUAAAUGUAUAAGAUACGAUUCAAAUCUUAAUACAUGUACAGACUGUAGCAAAGUUUUCAGUCAUCCUGCUGGAUUGCCAUGUCAUUUGAAAACUGACCAUCAAGUGGAGACUAUUUCCUGUGACAAGUGCCAGUUGAAAUUCAAAGUGUUGAGUACUUAUCUUAUCCACCGUGCCAGGUACCAUUGAGGAAGAUAGUUGUGUGGAGUAAAACCCUUUAGUAAAAGUAUGGACGGCCGUCAUGAAACUAAACAGUCAAAAUCCGUUCCACUUCAACAAAGCAAUACAUUUUGACAGUUUUGAACGAAUUUGGAUAGCCGUUCAUACUUUUAAUCCUGACUUUAGCCUGUAGUGGAGCUCAGAUAAAAAGGUCGAAACAUACAGCAUUUAAAAUGCAUUGUAUUAAGUGAAAAUGUUCAACAAUCGAAAAUCGUUAAAAUUUAAUGGUUAUCAGUAUUUAU